GUGUAAACACAACGUGUGAAUAACUUUUCUGGAGAAAGUGAUGAUUUUUUUAAAAAUCGUAUGUCCUGGAUCUAAAAUACAAAAUUGUCGUCUGUUCUCUUAGUUUAUGACAGAAAAAAUUUUUUUUCGUUUUACAUAGAAACAAAUUACUAAUCGAAUAACUAAAUUAUAAAUUAGUUACUAUGUCCUUUAUUUAAUUCAAUGAAAUACCUUAUUUUAUCCAUCAUAUGCUUUACAUGAUAAGAGAACAUAGAACAACUAAUUGAAGUAUCCCAGUUUCUACGAAGAAGAAGCAGAGGAAGAAGAAGAAGAAGAAGACCAUGUUGUAUCAAUCAAGAUCAAAUUCAUUACAUUCAAUUGUAGAAAUGAUUCUUUCAUUAUUAUUACUAAUGAUCUAUGGAAUUAUGAUCAUUUAUAGUAAACCAUUAGAUAUUGAAUCAGAUACACCAUUAACUAUAAGUUUUAAUCCAUCGUCUAAUCAAGUACAAUUAAAUCAACCAUUAAUAAUACGUUGUGAAGUUCAUUCAUUCAAUAAUAAACAAUUAGAAGUCAAUAACAAUAAUAAUAAUAAUAAUAACAUACUUAAUGGUUAUAGUAUGUUCUUUCAAUGUCCUAUAGCCCCAUGGGGUAAAUUUUGUUUUCAUAAUUGCCAAUCAGCAUGUGUUGGUGAAAUACCUAAUCAAUGUCCAUAUGAUAAUGAAUUAAGUCUUAUUAAAUGUCGUACUGCUAUGACUGAACAAGGUUAUUUAUUUUAUGAAUAUACAAUACCAAAUCUAACUGAAACAUGGUUAGGAUUAAACCAUAAUAAUAAUAAUAACACUUCAAUGGAUAAGGAUAAUCAUCGUAAUAAAAUAGAAGGUUUCUCAUGUAAAACAGCUGGAUUAGAAACACCAAGAAUUCCUUUAACUAUAGUUAAACCCAAUGAUAUUCAAUUGAAUAUAAUGGAUCUAUCAAAGACUAAAACAUCAUCACCAUCAUCUAAUUCUCAUUCAAUGAUAUCUCAUUUGAAUAAAACUAUAUCUAAUGAAUAUAAUACACAGAAAGAUGAAUCUAAUCCAUUGAAUAAUGGAAUGAAUCAAUCGAUUAAACGAAUCAAUUCUGAACUUAAAGGUGGAAGCUGGUUUGUUCUCUCCAACAGAAGGCUGUUACCGAUGGUAUCCGACCAAUGGAUGUUGAGUAUAUUGCAUAGACAACUAUCUAUUAGUAUUUGUACCUUCUUGAUGAUGAUUGUAGUAGUUGUGUAAGUUUCAGCUCCCUACGGUAGAACUGCCUUGACGUUCGGAUUGAAUAUUCUCACUGUGAUAUUGUUUGAGAGUUGUUUUGAGUUGCAUAUGUUCUUCAAUUGUAGGAAUGUGGCUAUUGUUUUGCCAAUCCUCACCUUUACGUCUAUAUCUGAUCCUCCUUGUUCAUCGAUGAUGCUUCCCAGUUAUGUGAAGGAUUCCGCCUUUUCCAGAAUUUCGCCAUCAAAUGUGAUUGGGUUGGUGUUCUCCAUGUUGUAUUUGAGGACCUUGGUUUUCCCUUCGUGUAUGUUGAGGCCUGUUGAUGCAGAGACUUCUGAUACACAAGUUGUCUUCAUCUGUACUUUUUCUUGUGUAUGGGAUAAGAGAGCUAGAUCAUCUGCGAAGUGCAGAUCGUUUAAUUGCUUCCGAGCUGUCUAUCGUAUUUCAUGUUUUUCCUUAGAUGUUGAGGUCUUCAUAAUCCAGCUGACCAUCAGAAGAAAGAGGAAAGGACAGCCUUGUCUGACUACUGUCCUUCCUUAGAAUAGAUCUGUCAGCUGUCCUCCAUGCACUACUUUGCACUGUAGUCCGUCGAGUGACUUCUGGUUAAUGUUGACAAUCUUCUCAGGAACUCCAUGGUGUCGAAGAAGUUUCCAUAAUGUUCUCCUAUCUACACUGUCAAAUGCCUUAUCAUAAGCAAUCAAAUUGAUGUAUAGUGACCAUGACAUAUACCUAUCACAAAUAAUGAAUGCAAUAUACAAAGAUAGUCGUCUUCUCUAAGCAUUGUCAUCAACUAGGAAAGUCUUUAACAAUAUGUAAUAUAAAUAACAUAUGGAUUCGAACCCUAAACAUUUUGUAUACAUUUCCUUGUUUGAUUUCAUGAUAAAUUAAAGAUACAACCACUGACUGAUUAGCAAAAUUAAUCGAUUUUCGAUAAAUAUCAAGAAUUCCAUCCUAUCUCAUUAUAAAUGAUCAAACCAAGAUGUGACAUAAGACUAUGAAAACUUUAAUAAUUGAACUAAAUCAUUUUAACAGAUCUAUAUUAUCUGGUUAGUGUUCAUUUGAUUAUCCUAAUCAAUAGUUGAAGCUUUUGACUGAUACCACUUGAAAUUGUUUGCAGUAGCUUAUAUACAUUGACUUUUUGUCUUUUUCAUCUAUUACCUAUUCUAUGACCUCUCUCUACUUCGGUAGAACUCACUCCAACAAUGUCAUUUCUAUGCUAACAGAUUACAAUGUAUACAUGUACCAGGUUAUACAUUGUAUUUGACUUGAUAUACUAUCAAUAUACAAUUUGUUAAUGCUUACUUACACAAUCAGUAUCACAUAGAUAUUAAGCAAAUACUGUUUAUCAGAAGGGGUUUUGUGGAGAUUUUAGAAAUUUCACUCAUUGGAAUCAUGAGUCAAUUAAAGUUAGACCACCAUGGAAAACCUGGAAGCACUGGACGACCGUUUCGUCCUAGUAUGGGACUCCUUAGCAGUGCGCACCCACGACCCCGCCCCCCGUGAGAUUCGAACCCAACCAAUCCACCAAGUUGUGUCACCGUACACCAUUGUCUUCAGUGAGUUGAUUUCUCACCGUUUAUAUAAAGUUGUUUUAUUUUACUAUAACCAACUUUAGUGAACUAUUCAUUUCAUAAACUGACAUUAAUUUUUGAAUCUUAAUAUUUUUUAAGGACAUUUGUAUUCAUAUUAUUUAGUUACCAAUUGUGAAUUGUCCCGCUUACGGGAUCAUGGGUCCUCACUGCUGAAGAGUCCCAUACUGAGGCGAAACGGUGAUCUAGUGCUUCCAGGUUUUUAGUCAUGUUUUAGCUUAGAUUGAUUCGUGAGUUCAAAUUUGAAAAUACUAUAAUCUCCACAAAUCUCCAAAAUUGGUAAUUCUAAAAUAUCAUUAUAAGGUUAUAUUGUUAAGUUUUAAUGGCGAUCUUGAGUAUUCGUACAAGAGACCGAAGAUUCAAGGUUCGAAUCCCGCGUCCACGAUCAUGGAUGCUAACUGUUUAGGAGUCCCAUACUAGGAU